AUGUCAACUCAUAUCUCGAGCCAACAACUAGACGAUGCGGUUUCCUUCACCGUGCCACUCUCAAAAUAUGAUACAGAUGGCCUUUGCAUGAACUACACUUUGCGAAGACAUAACUGGGAGGCCGAGGCCAAUGCAGGAUCCCAUGAAGCAAGAUUGGAUUGGGCCAAGUAUGUCGGGCCUACCGAGCAGUUUGGGGGAUGCAACCCUAUCAAUGGCAACUUUUCAGCCCUAGCUUUACCACUCACAAAGCCUGAGCGUAUGAGACUAGUUGCUUACAUGCUUGAAUAUAUAUUCCUGCAUGACAGCGUCAUAGAACUUGAGCAGCCAGGUAUGGACGGUCAACACGAUCACUUUGAUCAUCCCGAGCAACAAGAGUGGAAGGGUACAAAUCCGACGCUAGGAAGAGCUCAGAUACAGGCAAAGAUUAUGAAGGAAAUCACAUCAGUAGACCAAGCAUGCGCGGGAAGAUUCAAGAGGACAUUCAAAGAAGCCAUUGCUAUCAUUCUGCGUGAAAAGGGAAAACGAUUUGGCUCCUUGGAUGAGUACUUGGAUUUCCGACUCAUUGAUGCCGGAACGUCCGUGAUAGAGGCAUUGUUACUCUUUGGCAUGGGUGUGACACUUACCGAGGAAGAGGACGCCCAACUCGAACCCAUCCGCAAACCAGGCUUCAUAGCACUAGCACUAGCCAACGACUACCUUUCUUUCGACCGGGAAUACCUCGAGUUCUCAGAUUCAGGGCAAGUGGGAACAUUAUCAAACGCCGUCUGGUUGUAUAUGCAGUGGAACGACGUGAACGUGGAUGUCGCGAAAAGUGUGAUACUGGGCGUAACACGGCAGAACGAAGAUAUAUUUCUGGAGAACUGCACGCGUUACAGACGAGAAAAUGAGAACAUGUCGCAGAAGUUGAGCAGACAUCUGUACGCCUUGGAGUACCAGAUUAGUGGGAAUGUGGUUUGGAGUUUGAACAGCCCUCGAUACCAUCCUGAAGCCAGAUACGAUCCAAACGCCGGUCUGGAAGAUGAACUGACAGCAAAAUCAAUGCCCGAAGCCCUGGGUAUUAAUUAUGAAGCUCGAUUUAUCCACAAGGCCGAAGAGUACCCAGAUCAACCGAGCGUCAUAAAUCCUCAUCUGAGGAUUGUCAAUUCACGGAAGUCUUCGGCUGAGACUUGUCUUACUACCUCUGAUGAAACCGGAUCGAUAUCAGACAGUAGUGACUCGCGCUCAUCACUUGAUUCGGCUUCCUCAAGCUCUGAAAUCGAGAAGACGGUGGUUAUUCGUUCCCCAAAGAGUGUGUCCUUGGACUCCAGGCAUGCCAGAGCGCCAGUUGAAUACAUCAAGUCACUACCCUCUGGAGGUGCACGAGAUGUCUUUAUAAAUGCAUUGGCUAUAUGGCUCAAUGUACCUCCACUGGCCGUAUCGCGCGUCAAAUCAAUAGGAAAUCGCCUCCACUCCGCAUCCCUCAUACUCGAUGACGUCGAAGACGGGUCCAAUCUUCGGAGAGGUGAGCCAGCAGUGCAUGCUGUUUUUGGUGCUGCACAGACUAUCAACUCAGGAUGCUACGAGUUGGUAAGAGCGGUGGAAGAAGCUCCGCAGCUGGGCCCCGAUGCUAUCGAGAUAGUCCUCGAAGGGCUUGACGAAUUGCAUGUCGGACAAUCGUAUGACCUUUACUGGACACAGAACAACUUGUGCCCGUCAGACAACGAGUACCUGGAAAUGGUCAAGAAGAAGACAGGAGGGUUGUUUCUACUCCUCACGCGACUCCUUCUGACUUGUUCGACGAGCAAAGAGUCCAAUAAGCACCUAAUCUCUGAUGUUGAAGAUCUUGUAAGCCUUAUCGGGAUACAGUACCAGAUUCGUGACGACUACCAAAAUCUUUGCUCCAAAGACUAUGCCGAGAAGAAGGGGUUCUGUCAAGAUUUGGACGAGGGCAAGUUUUCUUUUCCGCUAAUACACGCGUUGAACGUACAGUCGGAAAUUACUCACCUACUGCGUGAGCUUCUUCAACGGAGAAGAGAUGCGGGACACCUCUCAUAUGAGCAGAAGAAGCUCGUACUCAAGCAACUUGACCGCACAGGUAGUAUGUCAUAUACGCGCGAGACAUUGAAGCGGCUAGAAGGUGAGAUAUACAAAGGUGUGAAGAGGAUUGAGGAUGCUACGAAGACGGAAAACUGGGUCCUGAGAGCUCUGUUGCAAAGAUUGGAGGUAUGA